GCCCUGAGGAAGUGGGCUGCUAAAAAAGAAUUAAGCAAAGGUUUUGGUGUGGAAGGAGAAUAUGGAGGGCGAGAGCAAUGGCAAAAAAGCAGGAGGAACUGCAGGAGGAGGAGGGUUCAGGUCUCGCAUGGAAUACUAUCUCUAUAGCGGAGAUAAGAAGCACGUCUUUGCAGGCAUCGCCAUCGUAAGUGCCCUUUUUGCUGUUCCAUGGGUCCUCAUGAACCGAGGAUCAAAGCAUCAGUCUCAUCAAGAUUACUUGGAGAAAGCAGAUAAAGCACGGAAUGAAAGGCUAUCUUCAAGUUCAUCAUCUGCUAAAUGAUCUUUGAAAGAUUUCUAUCCAGGAGAGGACAGGGUAACCAUUUUCCUGGGAAAGGUCUCAACCAUCUUUUCCUCCAUAAUGUAGGAAUACUUUAGAGAAAACCAUGUUUGGUAUUUUCUUCUUUCUUUUUCCUGCUUUUUUAUUUUCGCUGUUGAGGUCUAGUUAUUCAACUUCUCACAAGAAUGAUAAAUGUUUGUAAUAGUUUUGAGAUGAUUAUUGUUUUUGAGUAUUAUUCUUUUUCCCAGCCCGGUUGAAGAACAUCCUACAUUGAUGGUU